UGAAGACGGAAGAGAUUUUAGAAACAAUUUUAAAUUUCAGUAUUAAUCCAGUGAAAAGAUGGAUCUUGCACAGACGACUCAGGAGAAUGCGGGACAGAUGGUGAAAGACGAGUUGGCAGAGAAAUGCCAGAAGCUUUUCCAGGCUUUCUUAGAAGAGUACCAGACAUCAGACGGUGAGGUGAAGUAUGUCCGUGAUGCUGAGGAGCUGAUCAGGCCUGAGAGAAACACUCUGUUGGUCUCCUUCACUGAUCUGGAAGGAUUUAACCAGGAACUGGCAACCACCAUCCAGGAGGACUUCUACAGAGUAUAUCCCUUCCUCUGUCGUGCGGUGAGGAACUUUGCUAGGGAUCACGGGAAUAUCCCUGUGAAUAAGGAGUUCUAUUUGGCCGUCCAGGACCUGCCCACCAGACACAAGAUCCGUGAGCUGUCCUCCUUGCGUAUUGGCUCUCUGGUGCGCAUCAGUGCACAGGUGGUGAGGACACACCCUGUACACCCAGAACUGGUGAGCGGGACGUUCCUGUGUCUGGACUGCCAGGGGGUGUGUCCGGACGUGCCCCAGCAGUUCAAGUACGCCCCGCCCACCGUCUGCAGGAACCCCGUCUGCAGCAACCGCGCUCGCUUCCACCUCGACACACACCGCUCCAAAUUCAUCGACUUCCAGAAGGUGCGUAUCCAGGAGACCCAGGCAGAGCUGCCUAGAGGGUCCAUCCCCCGCUCCCUAGAGGUGAUUCUGAGGGCUGAGGCCGUAGAGACGGCCCAGGCCGGAGACCGCUGUGACAUCACUGGCUCUCUCAUAGUGGUGCCCGACGUCUCCCAGCUCAGCACCGCAGGUGUGCGAGCGGAGACCAGUUCCCGCGUAGGAGGGAGACAGGGUUAUGAGAACGAGGGCCUUCGCGGUCUUAAAGCCCUGGGAGUCAGAGAGCUGUCCUACAGGCUGGCCUUCCUCGCCUGCCAUGUGGCUCCUACCAACCCCAGGUUCGGAGGGAAGGAGCUGCGUGAUGAGGAUCAGACAGCAGAGAGCAUCAAGAGCCAGAUGUCAGUUCAGGAGUGGGAGAAGGUGUUUGAGAUGAGCCAAGACAAGAACCUCUACCACAACCUCGGCACCAGCCUCUUCCCCACCAUACACGGUAAUGACGAGGUGAAGCGUGGCAUCCUGCUGAUGUUGUUCGGGGGUGUUCCCAAAACCACCAUGGAGGGAACAUCUCUCAGAGGAGAUGUGAACGUCUGCAUCGUAGGAGACCCCUCUACCGCCAAGAGCCAGUUCCUCAAGCAUGUGGAGGAGUUCAGUCCCAGGGCUGUGUAUACCAGUGGGAAGGCCAGCAGUGCAGCUGGUUUAACAGCAGCCGUGGUUCGAGACGAGGAGUCACACGAGUUCGUCAUCGAGGCCGGAGCUCUCAUGCUCGCUGACAACGGUGUGUGUUGUAUUGAUGAGUUUGACAAGAUGGAGACCAGAGACCAAGUGGCCAUCCAUGAGGCCAUGGAGCAACAGACCAUCUCCAUCACUAAAGCUGGAGUCAAGGCCACUCUGAAUGCCCGUACAUCCAUCCUGGCGGCUGCUAACCCGGUCGGUGGUCGCUACGACCGCAGCAAGAGUCUGAAACAGAACGUCAACCUGUCCGCUCCCAUCAUGAGCCGCUUCGACCUCUUCUUCAUCCUGGUGGACGACUGCAAUGAGGUGACAGACUAUGCCAUAGCCAGGCGUAUCGUGGAUCUGCACUCUCGCAUUGAGAACUCAGUAGACAGACUCUACUCUCUGGAUGAGAUAAGAAGAUACCUGCUCUUCGCCCGACAGUUCAAACCCAAGAUCUCUGGUGAGUCUGAGGAGUUCAUCGUGGAGCAGUACAAACGGCUGCGUCAGCGCGACGGCUCUGGGGGCGUGGCCAAGUCGGCCUGGCGAAUCACGGUGCGGCAGCUAGAGAGCAUGAUCCGCCUCUCUGAGGGCAUGGCCCGCAUGCACUGCUGCGACGAGGUCCAGCCUAAGCACGUGAAGGAGGCGUUCCGCCUGCUGAAUAAGUCCAUCAUCAGAGUGGAGACGCCUGACGUCAAUCUGGAACAAGACCAGGAGAUGAGGGAGGAGGAGGAAGAAGAGGGAGAGAACGGUCGUGACGUUCCCAACGGAGUGAAUGGCGUAAACGGCCUGGUUAACGAGCACGCCGACGGAAUGAACAGCCACUCCAACGGAACUAACAGCGGCACCAACGGCGUUAACGGACACGCCGACGCUGUGAGCGGCCGCUCUGACAGCGGCUCCAAGCCGCCGCUGCGUCUGACCUUCCCAGAGUACCGCCGCAUCUCCAACCUGCUGGUGCUGCACCUCCGCAGGGCCGAAGAGGCUGAGGAGGAAGAGGAGUUGAAGAAGAGCGCAGUAAUCAACUGGUAUCUGAAGGAGAUGGAGUCAGAGAUUGACUCAGAAGAGGAACUCAUCAACAAGAAGAGCCUGAUAGAGAAAGUCCUGCACAGACUAGUGCACUACGAUCAUAUCCUGAUAGAGCUGUCUCAGGGAGGGCUGAAAGGGUCAGAGACGGAGGCACAGGAAGAAGUUCUGGUCGUCAACCCCAACUACACUCUGGAGGACUAGACCCGUCUCCCUCCCUAGCACUUUCCCCCUCCUUCUCAAUCGCCUCUUUCUAUAACUUUUACGUUGGACUCCAAUUCAGGACUCCUUGAAGUUGUUUUUGUUGAAUGUUGGUCAGUGUAAUUACAUUCUCAACAUUUGUCAUGUUUAAUUUUAUUGCUGCUUUAUAGAGUUUUUAAACAACUCUACCCUGUUUUAAGCCUUUUAUUUAUAUUGUUGUAGCCAGGUGAAUAAUGUUGCUCUGAUUUCUCCAGGGCUUUUACUGGCACAUGGCUGUUUGUGGGUCUCCUCAGUUAACAUGAUGUUAAUCCUGACUAGCAUGGUUUUACCUCCCAUGUUAAAUGUAUGUAUAAAAGAAUACACACAAAUUAAAGUCUACCCUUUGAUGCA